AUGGAUCAGUUCCGGGACCCUUGUGGUGUGGGGCUGUUCGAGGUGGCAGUGGACGGCCAGGACGCUAACGUGACGCAGGCGCAGCUCUCCCGGGUGGUCGACGAGGCUCGGCGGCUGCGGCAGGUGUCAUGGUGCGUGACGGUGGUGGUGGUGAGCGACGACCCAGCCUUCCUCGCCACCUUCGCCGAGUGGUCCCUCAAGGGCCACCUCCUGGUGUGGUCGACGAGACUCCUCGCCGUAACUCACCUGCCCCUCCCUGACCUACGCUACAUCCACAGGACCUUUUCCAGGAUGAACGCUAUGGUCGUCAUUGUGGAAGACGCACCUGAGACAUUGAAGUGCAAUGUGUACAUACACUUACCAUACAGUUCUCCAGAGGACCGAGCGAUGCGUCUUGCCUUCUGGACGCCCCAGCGAGGUCUCACCCUCAAUACCCACUUGCCGCUUUUCCCUGACAAAUACUCCAAGUUCCUUCACCGACCAAUCCUUGCCGUGGCAGCGGAGUAUAUCCACGUCCAAAAGAGUGCUCAGGGACAAAAGAGCCACAUGAUGGAUUACUUGUCUCAAGGCCUCAACUUUACGUACAAGUACGUGCACCCUGCUGAUGGGACGUUUGGCUCUGAGCAAGAUGACGGGUCGUGGUCGGGAAUGGUAGGCAUGGUGAUCAGAGAGGAGGCAGACUUCUCCGUAGGAUUUUUCAGUCUAUCAGCCAGCCGGGCUGAGGUGUUGGACUUCACCUGGCCAGUGUCUAUAACGUACUCAAGGAUCCUAGCAGGACUCGGACGGCCAGAGCUGGACCCAUGGGGCUUCCUACUGCCCCUGGCACCACUGGUGUGGGCGUUCAUCCUGGUGUCGUUACUGCUGCUGCCUGCGGCCAUGUUCAUCUUGUCUUUGUGUUGCUCUAUGAAAGAUACUGACCAAUGGGUAUGGGUGACGGAUGGCUUCACCUUACUCCGUAUAUUAUUACAACAAGACACUUCGUUGCCAGACAACUGGUGGUGGAGACGGGUGGUGGUGGCCGGGUGGAUGGUUGGGGCGCUGGUGUUGAUCAGAAGCUACGCUGGUAACCUCAUGUCUGUACUGGCUGUACGAUACAUCAGGCAGCCAUACCAGACACUCCGGGACGUCCUGGACGAACCAUCCACCACUAUCAUGUGGCAGACCAACACAACUAAUGUUCAAUAUUUCCGUUCUGUGGAGUCUGGCAUCUUCCGGGAGGUGGCGGACUUAGAACGGAUGGGACGCGUCAAAUUCCAGAAGCUUUCAGAGAUAUUCCAGAGUGUGGGCACCCUGUUGAAGCGUGGCGACCAUGUCUUGUUUGAAGUGGAGAUAGUUACCAAAAUGAUCAUAGGAAGGGACUUCACAAAAUCAGGUCGCUGUGACUUUUACUCGUCUAAGGAGAGGUACCUGCCUGUGGUAUUAUCUAUGAUAGGCCCGAAGAAUACUCCACUUGUACCUCAAUUAAGUAAAAGGAUAAUGUCCAUGACAGAGAGUGGCCUCUACAACAAGUGGUAUGAACAGCACACCCCAAACUCUUCUGCCUGUAUUUACCCUCCAACCAAGAUCACCCAAACCGCCUCCAUCUCUCUCACUCACAUCUGGGGGUUGUUCGUGGUGCUGGCUGUUGGUCACUCCCUUGGUUUGCUGGUGAUCUGCCUCGAGCUGCUCCUUCAUCACGUUCUGGCCUCUGAUGUCCACCAUUCUCCCAUGGAACUCACCAGCACCAUGACUGCUCUCCCUCAUUAAUUAUGACGCUCAAAAAUUAAUUUGAUAAUUGGAAGAGACACUUUGGAGCAUACGGCAAUGUGGUUUUGACUACGGGACAAAAAGUGAAAGUCGUCGAAGUGUAUAUUGAAACAAAAUCUGUGGUACAGAUUCAAUGUCGCAACUGUUGCCACUUUAACGUCAGAAAAGCGCCAACAUCAAAAUCAAUUCAACGUAUUGUGACCAAAUUUAAGGAAAGUGUAGUAUCUAGCGUUAUUUAAUGGGAGAAUGACAAGUCGCAUGGUCAGUCUGGCUGGGGCGUUCAUUGUCUGUUGUUGGUUACAACGUGCCUAACACAUUUCGUGUUUACACAAGCCUAAACACUUUCUGACUUUGGUAAGAGGUAACAUAAUACAUAAUGUAUAUAUAUCA